GCGGCCGCUCCAGCCCUCCCAGGCUUAGAAGAAGUGCGACAUCCCUGCCUUCUUUCUGGUUUCUGUCCUCCGAGCAGGCUCUGGACUCGGGGACUCAGACCGCCCUGCUUGCUCAGGCUGAAGCCGGGAUUGGGUGCUGAAGCGCCGCCUCCGUCUCUGUGCGCCCGCGCGCUCGCUCCCGCCCUACUCCCCUCCCAGCCGGCUCCGGUCGCAACCGUUUGGGAUCCGCACUGCAGCUGCCAGCCGGUCUCCCGGAGCUCCUGCUGCUCCCGCCGCGUCUCUCUGAUCCUCUCGUCUCCGGAGCUCCAGCUGCCCACGGAGCCUCGCCGGCUUGGACUCUCUUGAGUCCCGCGUGCGGAGUCGUUCCGGCGCAGCAGCGAGGACCCGGGAGGCCGACGGUGCUCUCGGAUGCGGCAGGACAAGCUGACCAGCUCCCUGCGUCGCGGCGGGCGAUGCCAGAAGCGCCAGGGCGGCGGCGGCGGUGGCGUGGGCACCAUCCUGAGCAAUGUGCUCAAAAAGCGCAGCUGCAUCUCACGGACCGCGCCCCGGUUGCUGUGCACCUUGGAGCCGGGAGCUGACACAAAAUUGAAGUUCACACUUGAGCCAUCUUUAGGCCAAAAUGGGUUUCAGCAGUGGUAUGAUGCUCUCAAGGCAGUUGCCAGACUGUCAACAGGGAUCCCAAAGGAGUGGAGGAGAAAGGUCUGGCUGACCUUGGCGGAUCAUUAUCUGCACAGUAUUGCCAUCGACUGGGACAAAACCAUGCGCUUCACUUUCAAUGAGAGAAGCAAUCCCGAUGAUGACUUAAUGGGGAUCCAGAUCGUCAAGGAUCUGCACCGCACGGGCUGUAGCUCCUACUGCGGCCAGGAGGCCGAGCAGGACAGGGUGGUCCUGAAGCGGGUGCUGCUGGCGUACGCCAGGUGGAACAAGAAUGUCGGGUACUGCCAAGGCUUCAACAUCCUAGCUGCUCUGAUUCUGGAAGUGAUGGAGGGCAAUGAGGGGGAUGCCCUGAAAAUUAUGAUUUACCUGAUUGACAAGGUACUUCCCGAGAGCUACUUUGUCAAUAACCUUCGGGCACUGUCCGUGGACAUGGCUGUCUUCAGAGACCUCUUGAGAAUGAAGCUCCCUGAGCUGUCUCAGCACCUUGAUGCUCUUCAGAGAACGGCAAACAAAGAGAGCGGAGGUGGCUAUGAGCCCCCGCUCACCAACGUCUUCACGAUGCAGUGGUUUCUCACUCUCUUUGCCACGUGCCUCCCUAACCACACGGUUUUGAAGAUCUGGGACUCAGUCUUCUUUGAAGGCUCGGAGGUCAUCCUGAGGGUGUCGCUGGCUAUCUGGGCAAAGCUGGGAGAGCAGAUAGAGUGUUGUGAAACCGCAGAUGAUUUCUACAGCACCAUGGGGCGUCUCACUCAGGAGAUGCUGGAAAACGACCUCCUGCAGAGCCACGAACUCAUGCAGACCGUUUAUUCGAUGGCUCCGUUCCCUUUCCCACAGCUGGCGGAGCUGAGGGAAAAGUAUACCUACAACAUCACACCAUUCCCAGUCACAGUGAAGCCCAUGUCAGUUUCCGGGCGACAUGGUAAGGCCAGAGACAGUGACGAGGAGCAUGAGCCUGAUGACGAGGAUGCUGUUGCUAGUGCCGUGGGAUGCCUUGGGCCUUUCAGUGGGUUCCUGGCACCUGAACUGCAAAAGUACCAAAAGCAGAUUAAAGAAACAAGCGAGGAACAGAGCCUGAGGUCCAACAACAUUGCGGAGCUGAGCCCGGGAGCCAUCAAUUCCUGUCGAAGUGAAUACCACGCGGCCUUCAACAGUAUGAUGAUGGAGCGCAUGACCACAGACAUCAACGCCCUGAAGCGGCAGUACUCUCGCAUCAAGAAGAAGCAGCAGCAGCAGCUCCACCAGGUGUACAUAAGGGCAGACAAAGGCCCAGUCACCAGCAUCCUCCCAUCCCAGGUAAACAAUUCUCCAGUGAUAAAUCACCUUCUGCUAGGGAAAAAGAUGAAAAUUACAAACAGAGCCACCAAGAAUGCAGUCAUCCACAUCCCUGGCCAUGCAGGAGGUAAAAUGUCUCCUGUCCCCUACGAAGACCUCAAGACCAAGCUCAACUCUCCUUGGCGGACUCACAUCAGAGUCCACAAAAAGAACACGCCACGGACCAAGAGUCAUCUGGGCUGUGGGGACACCGUAGGGCUGAUUGAGGAGCAGAAUGAAGGCUGUAGGGCCAGCGGCCUGGGGGCAGCUGAGGAGUUUCCCUCGAGCUGUGCAGCCACAGCUCGUGGUGAGGGCAGCAGCUGUGCCGGUGGCACUCCAAGGACAAUCGAAGGGCAGUCGCCGGAGCCAGUAUUUGGGGAUGCCGAUGUUGUCGAUGUGGCUGCAGUGCAGGUGAAAUUAGAAGCCUUGGAACUGAACCAGAGGGAUGCCCCUGCCGAGACUGAGCCCAAGGAGCACCUUCCCUGCCAGCAGCAUGCCCCAGAGUCAGCGGGUGGCCCCGGGGAACACCAGGCUCCCAGCAAUCCUCUCCCUGUCAGCAACUCAAAAGCCCCGAUCUUCAGCCCUUUUCCUAGCGUCAAGCCGCUUCGAAAGUCAGCCACGGCCAGGAAUUUGGGGUUGUACGGCCCCACAGAAAGAACCCCAACCAUGCACUUCCCUCAGAUCAGCAGGAGCUUCAAUAAGUCAGCCACAGGGAGCAGCAGCAGCAGCACUAAGAAGCGAUGAUGCCUCCCGGGGGCUCAGCAUCUGGACUCGCGUGGCAUGGCGGUGGACUCGCGUGGCAUGGCGACGUUAGCAUGCCAGCCACACCCUUCCUGUUCUGUUUGUCCAGUGAGAACGAAUCAAGAGGCUACGAGCCGAGCACUGACUGCCCAUCAAAGUGGGAACUGGAAGUGUCAUGGUGGGAACCGGGGUAGGGGCCUUUCCUACCCACUAGGUAGCUGGGAAAGUGGAUUCUUGUGACUGAAUAAAUUGUGUGCUUCUCAAGUGUGGAGUUUCUCCAAUUUCCCUUGUGAACUCUUUAGAAAAGACAAUAUGUAGACUGUUAAGCCCUCUUCCGGCCUUUUCAGCGCCUUUUUUGGGAUCUCUGAAAACAACAACACGUCCCCCUGGCCUUCCUGUCCUCUGGGCAUCACUAAUCCUCCAGCAUGAACGAACACACCAGCUUGCUAGAACUGAAACUGUACAAAUAAGUUUCUUAGUUGCAAAAAAAAAAA